AUGUUUAUCGUGCCGGAACGGCUAGAGAGCACCGCCGAAUGAGUUUUCCGUUGCGCGACUUCUUCGAUAUUCGCGGUAAACUUCGCGGUACGUGCGCUGCGCUCGUUCAUGACCGUCGCGAGAGCGUUUCCUGACCGACGCGUUUGUUUUGAAUCACGAGCUUCGAUUUUUCGCUGCUGCAGAUUUUUAGCGGAUAAAUUUCGCUAUGAUGAAAUAAUUGAUAUCCGAUUGACUCGCGCCUUGGGAUUAUCGUGAUGACGUGUCGCGACUUUCCGAAUUCGAUGCUCUCUCUUUAUCGUGAGUCAGAGCUGCGGCGGCUUGAUUUUGGUGACUCACGUCUCACGUCUGCCCCGUCCGUACUUAACUCCAAAACGAAUAAGUAUAACACACUUAAGUCUAUAUAGCUUCGAAAUGUCGUUUUCAAUAUAAGUAUGUAAAGCGCAAAGCGAAUUUUCGUCACCAGCGCUGCUGCCGUAUAUGGCUUAUAAUAGAAACGUGCUUUGCUUAUCAGCUCUUACGAAACGUACAUACAUAUACACCUCUAUAGAUAAAGACUCGUAGAGGUUUUUCCAAGUCUGUCAAAGUGCUUACUUUUGUCAGCUCGAGAAAAAUCGAGCUUCGCUUCCACAAUCCACAUGAUGACGGCACACAAUACUUACGAGUGCGCCGUGCGCGUAUGAAAAGAGAGCAUCAGUGCUCGCAUCCGUGUCAGUGGCAUGAAGGUGUAGAUACAUAUUUAUAUUGUUUUGCAAUCGCGGCGGUAUCACUUGGUGAUAUGCAGACGCCGGCGAAGUCAAUUAUAUAUUGUAAAAGUUUUGGAUAAGAUGAGCAUGCGGUAAUCUAAUUGAACGUGCAUUACCCACCAGUCUGGAGAUUAAAGUUAGGUUAUAUUUAUAAAAUAUACCUACAGGCGCGUCCGUCAGUGAUGGGAAGUAGACACGUCAAACCUUACUAUGCUUGAAAUAAAUUCUUCAGUGAGGCUAACGUAUUUUGAAAUUGCUCAAAGAUGUCUGUGUUACAAAAGUUAGUUUACUGGCUAAUCGAAGUCGCCCUAUUUGUGGCAACAUGCUGGCUGUUUUUAUUAUGCUUGUAUCCGUUGAUGCUCAUCAUCUUCGUUAAAAAGUUAUUUAUAAAGAAUCACGACAUAGAAAGAAAAGAUGACGAGGUCACAGUGGGAAUUUUCCAUCCCUACUGUAACGCUGGUGCCGGGGGCGAAAGAGUUCUUUGGGCUGCUGUUAAGGCUCUUCAGUCAAACUACAAAAAUGUACAUGUUUAUAUCUACACCGGUGACUUGGACCAUGAUCGAGAAAUGAUUCUAGCUAAUGUAGAGAAAGUUUUUGACAUGAAGCUGCAGCACAAUAUCAAUAUUGUUUAUUUGCGUCGAAGAAAGUGGGUAGAAGCUAAAAUGUACCCAUUUUGUACUUUAUUUGCACAAAGUUUUGGCUCAAUUUGGCUUGGUUUGGAAGCUCUUAUACUCUUUAAACCUGAUAUUUACAUUGAUACUAUGGGUUAUGCAUUUACGUAUCCCAUAUUCAAAUACAUUGGAGGUUGCAAAGUUGCAUCUUACACCCAUUAUCCAAUAAUCUCUACAGAUAUGUUGAAUCAUGUUUCACAAAGAUCUGUGUCUUUUAACAAUCGACACAUAAUUGCCAGAAAUCCAAUUCUCACUAGAAUGAAACUUGGCUAUUACAAGGGUAUUGCUUCCUUGUAUGGAUUAGCUGGUAGAACAGCUGAUAUUGUAAUGGUCAAUUCUUCUUGGACUAAAGAACAUAUUAAUUCAAUUUGGAAAUGUCCUCAGCGAACUUAUCUUUUGUAUCCUCCAUGUGAUGUUGAGAAGCUCACGCAACUGCAACUUUUAAGUGACGCUGAGAAAAAUAAUGAAAUUCUAAUAGUAUCAGUCAGUCAAUUUAGGCCGGAAAAAAAUCAUGCUCUAAUGAUAGAAGUCAUGAGCAAGAUUAAGCCACUCAUUGCUGAAGAAGUGUGGAAAAAAGUGCACUUAGUACUUGUAGGUUCUUGCCGUAAUGAAGAUGAUGAAUCUUAUGUGAAAGGAUUGAAAAGUACUGCUAAAAAGUUGGAUGUGAAUGACAAUGUUGAGUUUAAAGUAAACAUUCCAUAUGCAGCGUUAAUUUCUGAAAUACAGAAAGGUACCAUUGGUAUUCAUGCCAUGUGGAAUGAACAUUUUGGGAUAAGUGUUGUUGAUGGCUUGGCUGCUGGACUAAUUAUGGUUGCUAAUGCAUCUGGAGGACCCAAGGCUGAUAUUAUUGAUACAAAAGACAAAAUCAGAAAUGGAUUUUUAGCCAAAGAUGCUGAUGAAUAUACUAAAAUUAUAAUUUCUAUUAUAAAUAUGACUGCUGAAGAAAGAGAUGCGAUAAGGAAUGCUGCUAGAAAAUCUGUCAAUCGAUUUUCAACUAAAUGCUUUGAAAAUGAAUUGGUUAAAAUUAUGGAACCAUUUUUUAAACUAAAACAAAGAUAAUAAAUAAACCAAUUUAUUACUGAUAUUUUUAAUCAAAAGAUUUUUAACUGCGAAUAAACUUGAUAUUUUAAAACAAGUUUUGUCAUUGAAUAUAAAAUUUGGAAUACUUUGUUCAAUAAAACUUAUUAAUAUUGCUUCAAUACAUCCUCAACCAGUAUUCUUUGCAUCCCUAUGUAUAUUUUAAAAACAUUCUAACGUAAUUCAUUAUACAAGUAUUAAAGAGGCAAAAUCAUUGUUGAGUUUAUAAUUUAUUAGGUUCAUUAAGCUUAGAAAUAUAUAAAAUUUUUGUAAAAAUAUAAAAUAUAUACAAUUGAUUCACUGCAUACAAAUGGAUUGCCCAUGACAAAUCUAAUAUGAAAAUUGGUAUAAAGCUAUCUGUCAUUUUUCAUAACGGUCAUUAUAUAAUAUAAUAAAAGCAGUUUAACAAUUACAAUAUCAAAAUAUCACGCUUUUGCACAUGUUCAACAGGAUUAUGCAUCUAGAAGGUAUCAACUUCAAUAUAUACAUCGAUGCACUUGAGCAUUCAUAAAACAUGUCGUUUUAAAUUUAUCUAAAUUCUUGAUACUUUGGUAUCAUGUAAUCAUCAGAUAUGGUGUCACUUGAACAUGGAAUUUGCACCGCCUCUAUUUCUUUAAAAUUCGUACAUGUAGCUCUUCUAUCACCCACGCGUUUUUUUACUUUCUUCACCCAUUCAGUAACUAUUGUUGGUGUAGAAAUUCUCAAUUCUGUACAAAUAUCUUGGAUGAACCAUGAACCUAAAAAUUACAUGUUAUUAACGUUAAGUUGAUAAUUUAUGAGUUGAAAAUAUUUACCUUCAUCUUCAUUUCUAAAGGCUACAAAUCCAUUUAAUGUAGCUUGAAACAGACCAAAAUGCUUGUAAAAUACAGGGCUUGUUGGACCAUCUGUAACUAAUCUCCCUGUGCUUUGUUCUGAAUUUCUUUCUACCCAACCUGUAAUAAAGUAUGAUUUACAAUAA